UUCCGGCUUCCGGCCUGGCAGGGAGAAGAGUGUGCAUUAUAGAGGGGUGAAUGGGGAGUGGAGGGAGCCGGUGAGCCCUGUAUGAGCUCGGUGUUGGGAAGGGGCUCUGACAUGCUCAUCCUUGGAGCCGUACAUAUUGUAGUGUGAGGUGCAGCUUCCAUCACACGCUCUGCACACUGUAUAUCCGAAUCAUCACCUCAGACUAGAGGGCUUCCAGCGACCUCCUCAGGGACCUCCAGGAGAGACACAGCCAGGAUGUACGCACCAUUGUGGUGUCUCUGCAUAGUUGUUGUAUCAGCCAUUGCUGACAACCCGGUUGUGAAUGAUUGUAUCCUGACCGGUGGAGACAAGAAGUCCGCAGCAGAACAAGCUCUCCUCCAAAGACUGGCUCCGCUGAAGAAUAAGAUUUUUUAUGCCAGCGAUGAUGAAGAUGGUGAUACCUACAAAUAUACAUUUGUAAUCUGUGGCCAAGUCAAUACCAGCACAAGCUUGUAUGCAGGACUGGUGCAAUCCAAAGCGGGCUCCCCGGACACUGUGAUUGGUCGCUACAAUGACACCCACCUCAUCAAUGGAACGGAUUGGAUCAUGCUUUUCUACAAAUCUGGAGACAAGUACGACAAUCACUGUGGUAAAGAAUCAAGGCAGGCCAUGGUCAUGAUAUCCUGCAACAAGAACACCCCAGGGGAUGCCUUUACGAUAAUUAGCGAGGAAAGAAACAAAACAAGCAAUUGUUUCUAUCUGUUUGAGAUGGACAGUAGUGUUGCCUGUCCAGCAGAGGAAUCUCAUCUCAGUGUGGGCUCCAUUCUUCUCAUUGUAUUUGCGGUCCUAAUUGCGGUUUAUAUCAUCGGUGGAUUCCUUUAUAAGCGCUUUGUCGUUGGAGCUAAAGGGAUAGAGCAGUUCCCCAAUAUCACUUUUUGGCAAGAGUUUGGCAACCUGGUAGCGGAUGGCUGUGACUUUGUGUGCCGAUCUCGGCCCCGGUCUUCGGAAACUGCCUACCGUGGAGUGGGAGAUGAUCAGCUUGGGGAAGAGCCAGAAGAGAGAGAUGACCACUUACUACCUAUGUGAAAUCCAGUUCCCUACGACAUCCCCUGAUGUGUUACAAAUGGAAGAAACUACACUUUCUACCACAUUUCUUACCUGCUGCUUAGAACCUCCUUUUUGUUUCUUAAAGCUUCUCCGCUGCCAUGUGGGCAUUGGUUCCCACAGCCCUUACGUGGUGAAAAUGCUGCCACAAUAUUGUCCUGGGAAGAGACUUGAAAUGGCUUGUGUCUGAGAGUAUAGCCAAGGUGGCUAGCGCUCCUGAGAAUCCUGGUUCUUACUUUCUGAUUUAAAGUAAGGAGCAUUGUCUGCUCCUGGUACUGCUGCGGUGUUGGCCUUAAAACCAAAAACAGACAUACUCAGGUUAAGUCAUAGGAUGGGAAAGAUGUUUAGAAAGAUCCUGACUGGAUCAUACCUAUGGGCCAGGAUUGGAUAGAUUGUGUUUGGCUAGUUAUGACCCACAUUAUUUCUGAAUUAUGGUAAUACUUACUGAACUGCCAAUAAUACUGUAGGCCCCACCUUUUGCUUUUUGUUCUAAAAACAAACAAGGUCCUUAUCUGACAUUCAAUUUUA